AUGUCGUCGGCCAUCGCAGACAUGCAGUGCGUUCUUGGAGCAGGCAAUAAAUAUUUUAUUAAAGAAUUAUCUAUAGUCGACACUGAAACAUGGGCCAACCAACACUGGAUUUUUAAAAAUUCUAAAUCUAAACAGGACAACAAGAGUCGAAAAACUAAUAAGUGGUUGGAACAUAACUAUCAUAAACUUGCUAUAGAAUAUGGUGAUGUUGAGUAUGAAGAACUAAGUAGAAUAUUGAACUCUUUGAAGUUCUCAUGCAUUUACGUCAAAGGUGAGCAGAAAAAACAACUUCUUACAGAAUUUAUACCUCAAGUCGCACUAAUCAACAUCGAAGACCUUGGAUGCCCACGUUUGGACCAAAUAUGUGAUGAUGAAACUCUACCUUGCUGUAUUUUUCAUAUGGAAUUUAAUCCAAAACAAUGUACAUUCUAUAAAGUAUUUGCUAUAAGGAAAUGGUUUAUAAAUAAUUCUUAA